CCCAGUGCCCGGGCAAGCGAAGACCAUGACCUUCAUGGUGAAGACCAUGGUGGGCAGCCAGCUGAAGAACCUCACCGGGAGCCUGAGGGGUGGCGAAGACAAGGAGGAUGGGGACAAGUCCGCCGCCGAAGCGCAGGGCAUGAGCCAAGAGGAGUAUGAGGAGUAUCAGAAGCAACUGGUGGAAGAGAAGAUGGAACGUGACAUACAGUUCACACAGAGGAAGGCAGAGCGGGCCAUGCUACGGAGCCACUUCCGAGACAAAUACCGGCUGCCCAAGAAUGAGACAGAUGAGAGCCAGAUCCAGAUGGCAGGUGGAGAUGUGGAGCUGCCCCGGGAGCUGGCCAAGAUGAUUGAGGAGGACACAGAGGAGGAGGAAGAGAGGGCCUCAGUCCUCGGGCAGCUGGCCAACCUUCCUGGCUUAGACCUUGGUUCCCUCAAGGACAAAGCCCAAGCCACACUGGGGAACCUCAAGCCAUCAGCUGAGAAGUGCCACAUCAUGUGACUACUUCCCCUGGGGUUGCUCACUGGGGUGACCAGAGGGCUGGGCCCACAUGAGUGCUAAGAGCCUGCCUCAACUUCCAUGGACCCAUACCCCACCUCGUCUUCAUUUCCCCUGCACCAGGCUAGUCCCAGGACCCUUGUCUGCUCCAGCCUGCCUUCUCUCCCUCUCCUCUGGGAGCAAAGUCCCCAUUCUCCCCCUACCCUUCAGGACUCAGCCUCCCUACUCAGCCUUGGAAGCCUCCCAAGAUUGUAGGAAUAGGCCCGACUGACCUUCUCUCGCCAUGACCCCAAAUUCCUGCACAUAGGUGCACCCUUAGAGACACACAGAGGGACACAGAGACCUUGGCCUGUGCAGAGGCAGACACCACAGCUGCAUCCUGCCACACACAGACACACAGA